UAGACUGUUUACAAUGAAAAUAAUACAUAAAUUUUUAAAAGUCAUAGUGACACCUGCCAUAAUGAAAAGAGCUAUUUUCUAAAUAAACUUAUGUACAAUGUAUUAACAUAUAUUUUUUUUGCAUGGAAUUAUUUUUACAAUGAUAUUUAAUCAUUUUUACCAAAUAAAAAAAUUGUUUUAUUUCAUUUUAACCCGACAAAGGCAAAAAACAUACUUGUCACUAAUACAAGCCAUUUAGGUGAAUUCCCCAGAGCUAUGUACAGAAAGAAAUGGAAGUCGAUGUUUAGCUAGGUUAUCAAAUUCGUGAAUUAUAUCAAUGAUUUUGUUUGCUAAAAUCAUUUCUGAUACAACUAAUUCUGUUUAUGCUAACAGUAUGCUAUUGAAGAAAAAUAUAUAAAUGUCCAAAUGAGAUUAGAGCUAUAGAAUUCCUAUCUACAUUAUAAGUACUUUUCAAAUUAAUCUUUAAGCUGAACCAGUGGAUGAAAUAAAGUCAACAUGUAUAUGCAUGGCACAAGUCUAAAUUAAAGUUGUAACAUUUUGGUGAAAUAUGAUAGCAGGAAAUAAUGAUUAAUUCACUACUGAGAUCUCAAUUGAACACUUUAACAUUGCUACAACAGUCAUGAGCAUAGUCCUUCAACUAACAAUAAUUCAACAAAACACUGUAAGCAAGAGAAAAAACAUCAAGACAGAGUUUCAAAAUAAACCCAGAUACAAAAAACAACUGGAAAGUAAGUUAAGAUAAGCUGGUAACAAAAAAACUGUAACAAGUAUGGGAGCAAACAUACAACCAACAGUUAGACAAGCAACUGAACAGAGUACUGAAAGCAGACAAAAGGAAUCUCAGGGGUUUCAACAAGAGGAUAAAGUGGACAAGCCUCUUGUUGUAGUAGCCAUAGAUUUUGGAACAGUUCAUUCCGGGUUUGCAUAUUCCUUUAAGGGAAAUGAAGACAACAUAAAGUCAGCAGAACAUGGAGGAAUGCUGCAGGAAGAUAGAGUACCUACAAUAUUGUUAUUAAAACCAGACAAAACAUUCCAUUCAUUUGGAUACAAAGCACAGACUGAUUUUCAUGAGCUUUUUGAAUGUGACAGAUCACAAUUUUACUACUUUGAAAACUUUAAAAUGAAAAUAUAUCAAGAAAGUAAAAUUAAAAGAGAAAUGGUAAUUAAAGAUAUUUCUGGUAAACCACUUGGAGCAAUGACAGUUUUUUCAAUAGCUAUAAAACAUCUAAAAGAUGAAGCAUCAACGAUAGUUUGUCAAUCAAUACUUGGACUGAAAGAAACUGACAUUCAAUGGAUGAUAACAAUACCAGCAAUAUCAUCUGACUCGGCACGUCAGUUUAUGAGAGAAGCUUCAACAAAAGCAGGAAUUCCAGAAACAAAUCUUCGACUUGUUCUUGAGCCUGAGGCAGCAGCUUUAUACUGUGCACCACGAAUAAUGACAGAAGAAUUGCCGAGUGGGUUUAUGUACAUACUUGCUGAUUUAGGUGGUGGAACAUCGGACAUAUGUGCUCAUAAAAUAAUAGAUGGUGGCAAAAUACAAGAAAUAUACCGGGCAACAGGAGAAGCCUCUGGUGGCAGUGAAGUUGAUGAUUGUUUUAUUAACUUGAUGAAAACUUUAAUAGGAAAAAAGGUUUGGGGUAAAUUCUCAACUACCUACCCAUCAGCAUAUGUAAGCCUUGUUAAUGAGUUUAGAUUGAAGAAAAAAGAAUUUAAAUCACAAAUGAAUACAAUACAAUUGAAAAUGGAAAAUGCUCUUGUGCAUGUAAUAAGAGGGGAAAAAAAGAACUUGAAUUAUAUAGUUAAAAAGUCAAAAUAUGCAAGAAAACUCAAGUAUAAUUCUAGUGACGCUAAACUUACAUUCAACAGAGAGAUCCUGGAAGAAUUAUUCAAGCCAUCAGUUGAAAAAAUCAUUAGCAAGUUGGUUGAAGUACUAAAACAAUGUGAUGAAAAUGAAAUAAAAACAAUCAUUUUAGUUGGAGGAUACAGUGAAUCUCCCUAUGUAAUGGAGAGAAUUCAAACACAGUUCUUUAACAUGAGAGUUAUCCUUGUAGAUGAUGCUAGACUUGCUGUGUUAAAUGGGGCAGUGAUGAUGGGCUGGAAACCUAAAAACAUCAUUCAACGUAGGUCCAGGUACACUUAUGGAUUUGUAAUUAGAAAACCAUUUAGAGCGGGAAUACAUCCAGAGCGACUUAGGAUUAAUUAUCAUGGGGUCAUUUAUUGUGGCAAAAUUUUUGAGAAGAUGAUAACAAAAGGUCAGAUAGUGGAGUAUGGACAGACAUUUAUAUUUGAAGGGCGUUAUAGAAUCACAACAGCAGGAAAAAAAUGUAAAGCGGAAGUAAAUCUAUAUAGAUCUACCAGAGAAGAUCCUCAUUACUGUAUAAAGGAGGAGGGCUGUAGCUUAGUAGGAACAGUAAUACUUAUACCACCAUCAGAUGGAUGGCCUGAUAUGUGGGACUAUGAUCAAUACCUUAUUGUUGGUGAGACUGAGUUCACUGUGAAGUUUCUUAAUCUUAAUACAGGACAGGAAUAUGAAGCGCACAUGGAUUUUCUGUAAUUACAAACAGUAGGGAACUAAAGAUAGAGAUUAAUAAACAAUUGUUGUCUUUUACUUUAAUUUCUUAAAAUGGUCAUUCCUUACAGGACAAAGUAGAAGUGAUGAAGUAACUAAAACAUCUUUCAAAUGGCCAUUUUAACAUAACAAGAUAGUGAUGUUUAAAUGGAUACUGCAAAAUAUAUUUAUUUUAUUCUCAAAAGUACAGUGUUUUAUCACAUAAACUGCGGCACAAGUU